UCUGCGACGCCAUCAGGCCUAGUCGUCUAACUCUGUGUCGAGCAUGGCUACCAUUGUUGUUGCUGUAGAUGAAAGUAAAUAUGCCGAGAAUGCAUUUCGAUGGUAUGCGGCACACCUUCACAAACCUACGAACAAAGUAAUUCUACUUCACGCCAUGGAAAACAUUUUUCUCCCCGAGAUGAUGAAAAGUGCAUCAUUUCCAACGACAAUGAGUCCCGGAAGGAUACAGGAACUCCAAAAAGAGGCUGACGAAAAGGCGGCAAAACUGAAGGAAAAAUAUGCAGUAAUGGCUGCUGGUCUUGGGAUUGAUGCAGAAGUCCGCAUAGAACGAGUUAACAGUAAACCAGAGUAUGCCAUUGUGGACGUCGCAAGCAAGGAAAAUGCUGCUUGUAUCGUCACCGGAAGUAGAGGGAUGGGUCUAAUAAGAAGAACCAUUCUAGGCAGUACAAGUGAUUUCAUUCUUCAUCAUUCAAGCUGUCCUGUUGUCGUCUGUAAGAUGGAAGACUAAAAUAAGAAGUUUUAUUGUCUUCUUCACCGGUUGUAAAAUCAAACUUAUUGUUUUCAGCUUAUUUUUGAUAAUGUGUUCAAUGAGGUAUUAAUGUAUUCUCAAAGGUUUUGUAUACCAUGCUUGCACUUGUUCGUGUCUUCUCAUACAGGUCUGUUUAUGUACAUCUAAAAUACAUGUAAUUCAUAUGUGGUAUUUAUGAUUAUUUUAAUAUUACUUUUGAUGAGUUUAUUUCAGCCAGCGCAAGUGUAAAUUUUAUAUUUCUUCAGGGUACUUGUUGGACUUAUAAAUCUUAAGGUAAAUAUAUGUUUUGUAGUACAUGUAAUUGAACAAGUAAAAUAUUGAGAAAUGGUACAUGAAA